UGCGAGUCUAAUACGAGAAGGCGCGUCAACAUAAGGCCCUGCUGUAAAAGUCUGCAGUGUUGUGGGAAACCGAGCGGGGUGGCGCGUGGACUGGGUUUGUGUGAGCCAGGCUCAACGCUGGAGUGACUAUUUAUAAGAGUGUUUUUCUCCAGUGUGGUUUUCUGCCUUAAAUACAACCUGAUCUCAGUGUCACUGGCCGUUAACGAAGUUCCCUUCAAAGUUUAAACAGAGGUGAGAGCCGCAUUGUCAGCAGCUCAGACAGCGAGGGAGUCAGGAGUUGUUUUACUAAAUACUGAUGAUGUGUUUGAUUAGAUUUGUCUCUCUGUGCACUAAGGCACAGCAGAGCAUCAUUUGCUUGUGUAUACAAACCAAACCACAUGCAAAGACAUAUUCAUGACACCCUUCAGACUUAAGCAAAGCCUCCAACAGAAGGCGCGUUCACACAGCAGGAUCUCAGCUGGAGCCUCAGAGAUGGAGAGAAGCAUCAUCCUCCUCCUUCUUUGCGCGGCUGCUGCGGGUCAGAUAAGACAACACGUCUUCAUUCCAACGCCGAUGACGUGGUCCGAUGCUCGGGCUCACUGCAGACAACAUUACACUGACCUCUCCUUCGUGGUCAGCCAGAGCGAUCAAGAGCAGCUCAUAGAAGCUGCAGGUGACAGCUGUCCCAAAGGACGGAUCGGGCUGCACCGUCACCCCGGCACCGCUACCGGCUGGAUGUGGUCCGGAGGAGCUGACGUCACGUACCAGAACUGGGCCUAUGGUCAACCAGACCACUCUGGGAAGCAUGUGGCAUUAGUCAAGUAUAAUGGAAGAUGGGAAACCGGCGCUGAAAACGACACCUUACCCUUUUACUGCACGGUGACGAGGAGGAUGCUCUGGGAGGAGGCCCUGGACUUCUGCCGGAGUCAGGAGAGCGAUCUGCCCAGUCUGCUCUCUGAGGCAGAGCUCAGACAGUCCCAGGCCAUGAUCCAGCCGGUCAGCGCUGCUGAGCCGGUCUGGAUCGGCCUGCGAUACCUGAACGGCUGGAUGUGGGUGAAUGGAAGGCCCCUGGUGUACAACGCCUGGCCUCCGGGAGACCGGGAGCACGCGUGCCCCGGUCCAAAACGCUGCGGAGCUUUGAAUAAAACCGAAGGAUGGAGAAACUGGGACUGUAAGGACAGGCUGAACUUCAUCUGCAUCUGAUUCAGAUCACUAUGUCUUGGGAAUUACUUUAAAUGGCUUGAUAGUAUAAAAUCUAUCACUACUGAUAGUGACAAGCAACUAAUACAAUUACAGCUUUUUUGAUGAAUUAAGAAUAAUACUUUAUCCUAUAGAAUACUAGUUUAAUAUGUAACUCAAUGCAAGAAUGAGUUAAAAUAUUAGAUGAUGUUAGUUUUUUGACCUGUUUGGAAAUAUCCUGAAUAAAACCUACGUACAAUGUAGUUACCUCAGUAAAUUCCUUGCUGGAACUUGUUGGACAUGUUGCAGUUUCUCCUCCCAGCCACCAGAUGUCCUCACUUCACCUGGACGUCUGCGCUUCAUCCCUCAACCUCCAUGUUCGCUUUCCUUUGGCUCCAUUUGAACGUCCUGCCUCAUCGUGAUGUCCUUUCCUCCUGUGGUGGUUCUCCUUCUUCCCUCAUGCCUUCCACUUUAUUACCCAGUCAAUAAAUUAAAAAUUUACGAACUUAUACCAGAACACAACAACGCAGGGAGGAGA